GUGUUUUAUUGACACUAGUAUUUUCUUCCUGCCUUGUUUUGUAGACUGGUCAAAAGAAUGGAUUUUUCAGAGGCUUACUCUGACACAUGCUCUACGGUUGGACUUGCUGCCAGGGAAGGCAAUGUUCAAGUCUUAAGAAAACUGCUCAAAAAGGGACGGAGCGUUGAUGUUGCUGAUAAUAGGGGAUGGAUGCCAAUUCAUGAAGCAGCUUAUCACAACUCUAUAGAAUGUUUACGGAUGUUAAUUAACGCAGAUUCAUCCGAAGACUACAUUAGGAGAAAGACUUUUGAGGGCUUCUCUGCAUUACAUUUUGCUGCACGUCGAGGACAUUGGAAGAUCGUACAGAUUCUUUUAGAAGCUGGGGCAGAUCCUAAUGCAACUACGUUAGAGGAAACCACGCCACUGUUUUUAGCUGUUGAAAAUGGACGGAUGGAUGUGUUAAGGCUGUUGCUUCGAUAUGGAGCAAAUGUUAAUGGAUCCCAUUCUAUGUGUGGAUGGAAUGCCCUGCACCAGGCUACUUUUCAGGAAAAUACUGAGAUCAUAAAAUUGCUUCUUAAAAGAGGAGCAAGUAAGGAAUGCCAGGAUGACUUUGGAAUCACACCUUUAUUUGUGGCCGCUCAGUAUGGCAAGCUAGGAAGUUUGAGCAUACUUAUUUCAUCAGGUGCAAAUGUCAAUUGUCAAGCCUUGGAUAAAGCUACUCCCUUAUUCAUUGCUGCUCAAGAGGGCCACACAGAAUGUGUGGAGCUUUUGCUGUCCAGUGGGGCAGAUCCUAAUCUCUACUGUAACGAAGACAGUUGGCAGUUACCUAUUCAUGCAGCUGCACAAAUGGGCCAUACAGAAAUCUUGGACUUGCUCAUACCACUUACUAACCGGGUCUGUGACACUGGUCCAGACAAAGUGAGCCCUGUUUACUCGGCAGUGUUUGGAGGGCAUGAAGACUGCCUAGAAAUGCUACUCCAGCAUGGCUAUAGCCCUGAUGCCCAGAUGUGCCUCGUCUUUGGAUUUAGUUCUCCACUCUGUAUGGCUUUCCAAAAGGACUGUGAAUUUUUUGGAAUUGUGAAUAUUCUUUUGAAAUAUGGAGUCCAGCUAAAUGAACUUCAUUUGGCAUACUGCCUGAAGUAUGAGAAAUUUUCAGUAUUUCGUUACUUUUUGAAGAAAGGUUGCCCAUUGGCACCAUGGAACCAUAUGUCUGAAUUUAUAAAUCAUGCAGUUAAAGCACAGACGAAAUAUAAGGAAUGGUUGCCAUCUCUCCUGCUUGCUGGAUUUGACCCACUGAAUCUUCUAUGCAGUUCUUGGACUGACUCAGUCAGCGAUGACACCCUUAUCUUUACUUUGGAGUUUACUAAUUGGAGGAGACUUCCUCCAGCUGUUGAAAAGAAGCUCUCUGCUCGUGUCUCAAACUCCUCGUGGGCUCUACAGCAACAUAUUGCAAUAGAGAACAGUUAUCCAUCCAGAACAGAUAGACUAUGGGCAAUGGACUUGGGAACAAAAAAUCAAAAGAGGAAGCAUAUGCCAAAUGGGAAAAUGAUUGCAGCUUAUCAGUAAAGAUAUGCGAGCGUUUACUCGGAAGACUUUAACAUGCAGCAAGUUUGUCCAGAUGAAGGUAAAAAUUGUGUAUGGGUACAUUACCCUGCAAUAGACUGGCUCCACCAAGGGCUUCUUAUUUAGGCACUAGGUAGAGCUUGUGUAAGGUAAUAGUCAUCAUCUUAGAUCAUUUGAAUGUUGGCAGGAGGGCAGGCCAGAGAUGCAUGGUUGUGGGAGGUAUAGAUAGUGGGUAUGUGUGAUGUGUGUGCAGUUCUGUGCUAUUGUAAAGUUGGCAUUAAUAAGCAUGAUGCAUUAAGAAUUGGGUUUAUUUUGAUCAUUGUUUUGAUUUUAAUAAAACUUCCUAUAACAAGUAUCCUAUUUGGGAUUGUUCUUCUGUCAGUACAUACAACCAAAUGAACAAAAUUGGAGAAUUCCAUAUAAGAAUGAAAAGUUAAAGGUUGCCUGUCUGCUAGUAGAUCUAUAGAUAAAUUUGAUUUAACAUAAUUGAAAAUGAUUUGGUCAGAAAAGUAACUUAAAAGUACAGCAUGAUUUCAGACAUAAUUUUCUAACUAUGAUUAGUAUCACACUCCAAGAAGAAAGAGAUUUAUUUAAUAAAUUGAAAUCUGGUUUUAACAGGUUUUCACGAAAGUGUGUUUUACCUACAGCGUCUGGGCUUUUUCAUACUCUAAAUGCAGGGCAUGGCUCCAUCGUCUCAGCCUCGUGGCAACACAUCUGGGGAUGCUCUGCAUCACUGAAACUUUCACAGGAAUUUUGUGUGAUUUGAAAUACCACAUAGAUGAUUAUAAAAUUCCCUUAUUCACUGGCAUAAUAAACUAAGAUGGCAGUGAUGGGCAUAUUAUUAUCUGUGUUAAUAAUCUACAGAUGAAAGGCUGCUUCAGUUCAAAUGAAUAUGGUUUAGACCUCCAAUUGUUCAUCAGGCCAGUGAUCUAUUGUGCUCAUGGAGGGGCGGGGAGAUCAAAAUGGUGCAAUUAAAGUUAGGGCCAAAAUCUGAAAUAACUAUGCUAUUUCCUUUUUAAAAAAAUUAUUAUUAUUAUUAUUAUUAUUAUUAUUAAGUGGAAAGAUCUCUUAAAAGUUUCAGUGGCUUAAAAGAUGUUAGAGAAUUAUUUUAGGUUUGAUCACAGUUUAAAGAACCUUAGACUUAAAGUCAAAUUACUUGAUUCUGGUAUCAGAUAUGUUGAUUGACAGUGUCAACAUGGGCGGGUCACUUAAGCUUUCCAUAACAAAUGUGUACUGGUCCAAUUUGGCUUGAUUGCAAAUGAUUAAGCUUCCACACAUAUAUUAGCAUAAACAAACAAAUAGUUUAUUUAGCUUUAAAGGGAGGGUUACCUUGAUGCAGUCAGGUGACCUGGAAAGGCUUAUCAGCACUGCAGAAAGCUGUGGGGCAGCAGAGGAGCUCCCCUCAGUCAGCCCACGGAGUUUGUAAGCGAGCAUAGUCUGUCAAAAUGGAGAAGCUGGAGAAGCACUAAGGAUCCCUUAUCCCUGAGUGAGCAGCUCUCUGGGCCACACAGCCACCCUUUAUCUUUAUUCUGGCUGUGUACAAGGGAUCUACAUUAAUAAGAACAUGCAGAAUGAAGAGAUGGAUGUCAAUUUAACAGCCAACCUCACUUUUACCCAUGCACUUGUCGGUUCCUCUGUCAGUCUCAUCAAUCUGUGCCCAUGGCAUGCUUAGUGUUUGCAGCCAACAUACUUCUUUCCCCACCAGGGACAUUUAUGACAUUUGUGAUUUAGGACCAAUUAUUGUUCUUGAUCUCAUUGGGUAAAGAGACUUACUUUUUUGUCAGGGGUGGGGAAUGUCCGGCCUGCGGGCCAUAUAAGGCCUGUGAAAUCAUUUGGUCUGGCCCUGCCAAAGCAUUAGGGUGAGUUAAUUGAAUGUUUGACCAAAUAUAGCAGGCUAAUUUUCAAGUGGAUAAUUUUGUAUGUCCCUUGAAUGAUGUUAUAAAUAUCCAAGUGGCCCUAGGACCUAGGCAGAGAAAAGGUUCCCCACCCUAGUAAUAGGUAAUAAUUGAACAUAGUUAACCUACUUGAAAUUGAACCUGCUUACUCCUUUGGAAAACUAGGUGGGGGUGGUAGUUGCAAUUUGGGUAUGCUCCUCAUAUGUACUCUUGCUAAUUCCUCCAGUGCUCCCUUCACCAGUGUUUUCCCAUUUUAGGAGUGAGAGUGAUGAUUCUUCCUUUAAGUUUACAGAACAGGGUAAAGUUUAAAUGAGAUAAAGACACGAAAACACUGGAAAUAAAUAUGUUAUAUAUUAUAGAUUACCAGUAUGUAGUCUGAUUUAUAAUGGGGAGUCUAUGACUCAUGGUUUAAGAAAAUACUCAUCUUUUUUUUAGCUUAGGUUUAUGUACAAAAUCAGAUAAUCGUUUUACAUUUCUUAUUUGGCGAUUUGAAACACUGUGGUUCAAGGAGUUUCCCAGACUUUAGUAAAUUAAACUAAACUCAAACCAAUAAGCUUCAAGUAAAUUGUAAGAUGAUGGAUUAACUUUAGUGGUUUAGAAGAUACUGAAGAUGUUAGAGAAUUAGUAUGUUCUAGGCCCUAUGAGGAUUUACAGUUUAAGGAACCCUCGACUUGGAGUCAGACCAGCUGGUCUGGUAUCAGCUGGACUCUUGAUACUAUUUGUCCUUGUUGCUGUGAUCCUGGUCUGCUAAUCAUUGCUACAGUUCAUGGGGAUUUAUACAAGAUUUCUUGGAUUAAUAAAAGGCGCUACAUAUUUUUUCACAUAAAACCACUAGCUAUUUUUAGUAUUCUCCAUGUCUGUGGACAUUUUCUGUAGUGAACACUUUUCAUCAUGGAAAAUGAAACUAUUGUAUAAUUCUUAAUUAAGUGCAUGUGGACUAUCCUUUAAUUGGUAAUUAGCCUUUGUGCAGUGGUUUUAGUAUGUGUGCAUUCACACUCGUGCUUUGGGGUCAGACGCACUUGAAUUUGAAUCCUAGGUCUACCACAUGCUAGAUGUAUGACCUUUGGAAAAUUACUUAAACCUCUGUCUUCUUAUUUCUGUAGCAUAGGGUAAUGAAGAUUAAAAGAGAAUGUGUGUGAAGUGUAUGGGCAUAUGGCAUGGUAGGCACUUUUCUCUCUGUGUCAAUUUUGAAAUUUCAUUCUAUG